AUGGGUUUAGGUCGGCUUCGAAUUGUUUCGAAAAAGGUAUCUAAUACUUUAUUUUCACUAGUGAACAAAGGAUAUUGUCCAUUUCAAGUUGAUGCAACGAAUGCACAAAGCACAUCAACUAAUUAUACUCGCGUGGCACCACUUGCAAGUCUUCACAAUGCAUCACCACAAUGUCUAAAUCAAACAACAUCAUCAUCAAGUACUUUUAAUUCAUCACAGGAUCUUCUUAUCCAAAAACUAUCUCGCCGACUACAUGAUUUACGAAGUCGAAAGAAGAAAAACAAGUUUUAUGAGCACUUAGCUCUCGACUGGGAUAGUAAUCGAUGUAAAGACAGUGUUAGUCAAACGAAUCCAUCGGUUGUUGAUCAAAUAACAAUUACGGGCACUCAUGAUACAGUAGUAGUCAUGGUUUUGUUUGGUUUAACAUUUUCUCGACCGAAAUCAGAUAUAACUUUAGCAUAUCCUAUACUUGUUUCAAUGGCAAUACUUAAUACUAUUCCUUGUAUGGGUUAA